CGACGUCAAUCAAUACUUCACCAACAUUAUCCACGAAAUCCACAAUGACAAUCAAAAAAAUUGCGCUACUCAACGAUACGAAUACACUGUUGCAACAACAAAAUUUGUACAACCAACAACACCAACUGAAAUUGGAUCAAAUUGAAAAUUACGAAAAUUAUUUGGCCACUGAAACGGAACAACCACAACACUACCACCACGCACAACAACAAAAACAAUUGAAUUUUGAACAACUACAAUAUUAUUCCAUUCAGCCACCAAUACAAAGCAAAACUACCAACAAUACACAGCAGCAACAACAACAGCCACCCAAUAAUGGCCACAAGAAGGCCUAUCCGCCGCACAGCAGUAAAUUUCCGGUGACCAGCAGCAAUCCGAAUGGCAGCGCUACUCCGCCCGGCACCGGCGAGGAGUUCGAGUUGAUGGCCAUCGAUGGUAGUGGGCUGCUUCAGCGCGGCGGUUCCUCAUCCUAUUCGUCUUCCUAUGAAGAGUCGAUCAGCAAGAGUUCAUUCGACUCCAUUGCCUACUGUCAUUUACAUAACAAAAACAACAACAUUAACAGUCUCAACAACAACAGCAACAACAUAAACCAUAAUCACUACAACAACACGAGUAAUUCAUCCAACUCAUCAACGCCAUCAAAGCGUUGUGUUGGCGUCGGCGGUGUCGUCAGCGCAGAUAGCUCUGGAACGGGCUCAGCGUCCGGAUCGGGCGGCAUUGGCAGCUCAUUGAACAGCUCGGCCGGCUCGUCACCCAGCGCCAACGAUGCACCGCCGUUGAUUGAGGGCUUGGGCGGUGCGCCGCCUGAGUAUGAGUUGCUGCCACUGGCGAUGUGUAAGCAGGUGGCCGCUAGCCUACUGCAACCACCAGCGGGUAAGCACCGCGAGCUGCCCGUCGAUGUGCCGGACAGCUUCAUUGAGAUAGUAAAGACGCCGCCGCGCUAUCCGCCGCCACCACAUCUGUCUUCGCUCUCAUCGCAGAUAUCGUCAAAUUCGUCCAACUCGACGGCGAAUACCACACUGACGCACAUCAACUCAUCGUCGGCCUCCUCCUACAACAACAGCAGUAACAUCAACCACAGUCACAAUCAUACUAACGAUAACUCUUUUUCGCCCACGUGCUCCUCCAUCUCGGGUUCAUAUUCGGCUUUGGCAUCCGUUUCCGCCACGGCCUCGGCUGGUGUAUCGUUGUCGGCAUGUUCCCCGCUCUCCAUGGAUCCCAUUCAUCAUCAGUCAACGGCAACGACCACAAAGUCAACGUCCGGUGGAGGUUGCCAUCCACUGAAGCAAUUGGUUAAACAGAAGAGUCUGCUGUCACUGGGCUCGUUGGGCAGCUCUACUGAAAAAUUAGAUAAAUCAGCAGCAACGCAGCGUCAGCAACCACAACCGCAAGUGCCGUCGGGUGGUGGCAGCGGUGGCAUCAACGGCGGCACAAAUGCAGGCGACGGCUGCUUAAUGGUGGCGAGCUUGGUGGGCAAAGGUGGCAAGCCGUCAUCCAAGCGCAACAAUGAGUUGAAUGGUUCUGUGAAACCGGUUCCGCCACCGCGCGAUCACUUGCGCAUCGAAAAGGAUGGUCGCCUGAUAAAUCGCACGCCAGCGCCACAACUUCCAGACCGGCGUAUGGGUAGCAGCGGUGUAGGUGCGCCCCAGCAAAUUGCACAAAUUGUUGAACCGACACUGGAGCAACUGGACAGCAUCAAGAAGUAUCAGGAGCAAUUGCGUCGCCGGCGCGAAGAGGAAGAGCGCAUCGCGCAACAAAAUGAGUUUCUACGCAACAGUCUGCGCGGUUCACGGAAGCUCAAGGCGCUGCAGGACAACAAGGCAGCAGCACAACAGCAACCGGUUGCUGCGGAGCGUGUAACUGGUGUGGAGAAUGAGGCGUAUAUGGACGAUGAGGAGGUCGAAAAGAUCAAUGGCUACGGCGAGCUGAUCGCCGCGCUGACACGCUUGCAGAAUCAACUCACCAAAAAUGGCAUGUCCACACUUGCAGGCCGAGUGUCGGCUGCCCACAAUGUGCUGAGCGGCGCGGGUGUGGCUCAUGCGCUUGCUGCGCGCGCCGCGGUACUGCAGCGCCGUCGCCCACGGGUUGCCAACCCGGUUAGCGCAAAUGCUUCUACGCUACAAAAGGAUAUCGUGGAACUGCUGACGCAAUCGAAUACCGCCGCCGCCAUUGAGCUGGGUAAUUUGCUGACGAGUCAUGAAAUGGAGGGUCUGCUGUUAGCGCAUGAUCGCGUAGCGACACUCACCGAUGCCACGCCGUCACCAACGCUCAGCGGCACGAGCAGCCCACAGCAGACAUCAGCGGGUGCCAGUGUUGCGCCAGUACCGCUACCGAAGAGCGCAGCGGUGCGCGGCACAGCCGUGGCUCCACCUGUGGUGCCGCCGCCGCUAGCGCAGCGCAGUGCCAUGCCACUGCCGCCGAAUGUAGUGGGUGGAGCGGGGACACAGCACGCGCCGCCGCAACAUGGUGGCUUUAUGAAGCAACCGAUGCGCGCCGAUUCGCCGCCAUUGAGCGCCUGCUUCGGCACGCUCAACGAUCAGAACGACAACAUACGCAUCAUACAGAUUGAGAAGUCCACGGAACCGCUGGGCGCGACGGUGCGCAACGAGGGUGAGGCGGUCGUCAUUGGACGCAUAGUGCGUGGCGGAGCUGCCGAGAAGUCAGGGCUGCUGCACGAAGGCGACGAAAUACUCGAGGUGAACGGGCAAGAGCUGCGCGGCAAAACGGUAAACGAGGUGUGCGCUCUGCUAAGCUCCAUGCAGGGUACGCUGACCUUUCUUAUUGUGCCCGCGGGCAGUCCACCACCGGGCGGCGGCCAUCGCGAAAAUGCCGUGCUGCAUGUGCGCGCCCACUUCGACUACGACCCCGAAGAUGAUUUGUACAUACCAUGUCGCGAGCUCGGCAUCAGCUUCCAGAAAGGUGAUGUGCUACACGUGAUUUCGCGCGACGAUCCCAACUGGUGGCAGGCGUAUCGCGAAGGCGAAGAGGACCAAACGCUGGCCGGUCUCAUACCUAGUCAAUCGUUUCAGCAUCAGCGCGAGACCAUGAAGUUGGCCAUUGCCGAGGAGGCGGGGUUAGCGCGCAGUCGCGGCAAGGAUAGCAACAAGGGUGCGACGCUGCUGUGCGCGCGCAAGGGACGAAAGAAGAAGAAGAAGGCCAGCUCGGAAGCAGGUUAUCCGUUGUACGCAACGACGGCGCCCGAUGAAACGGACCCCGAGGAAAUACUCACCUACGAAGAGGUCGCCUUAUACUAUCCACGUGCCACACACAAACGGCCCAUUGUGCUGAUCGGGCCACCAAAUAUCGGACGUCACGAGCUGCGCCAGCGCCUGAUGGCCGACUCGGAUCGCUUCUCGGCGGCAGUGCCACAUACAUCACGUGCGCGCCGCGAAGGUGAAGUACCCGGCGUUGAUUAUCACUUCAUCACGCGCCAAGCCUUUGAGGCGGACAUACUGGCGCGCCGCUUCGUCGAACAUGGCGAAUACGAGAAGGCUUACUAUGGCACCUCGCUGGAGGCCAUACGUACAGUGGUGGCGAGCGGUAAAAUCUGUGUACUGAACCUCCAUCCACAGAGUUUGAAAUUGUUGCGCGCCUCCGAUUUGAAGCCGUAUGUGGUGCUGGUGGCGCCACCGAGUCUCGAUAAACUGCGGCAGAAGAAAAUCCGAAAUGGCGAACCGUUCAAGGAGGAGGAACUCAAAGACAUUAUAGCCACUGCACGCGACAUGGAGGCGCGCUGGGGUCAUCUCUUCGACAUGAUAAUCAUAAACAACGACACAGAUCGGGCAUAUCAACAGCUGCUGGCCGAGAUUAAUUCAUUGGAACGCGAACCACAAUGGGUGCCAGCCAGUUGGGUGCAUAACAAUCGAGACGAGUCAUAAAGUCGAGCUGAAAUAAAUAGAGUGCAAACGGAAUGGAAUUAAACGAGGCGGAAGUACGAGGUUAGGCAAUAAACAGGGAUAGGAAUAGGGGCAGGGUAAGGAAAUUAGAAGCAGCGAAAGUUAAUUUGAAAAGAGAAAUGAAGGCAAUGAGCGUCGCAGCGGCGAAGGAAAACUGUUCAUAGUAAUAUUGAGGUUGAAAUUGUUAUAUGAUUGCGGCUAAAGUCUGUGAAAGGUCGAUGAAAACUCGAGUUGCCAAAUGGCGGCUGCUUUGAGUGCUGAAAUAUCGAUUUCAAUAUUCAAUUCAAUUCAAUAUUUUUUGGUGGAUGAUUUUCAGUUUUAAUCAAUUUGCAUGUAUAUUUUUUUUUUUUGCUAAAAAACAUUCAUUUAGAUUUAAAAAAAAUUUGCAUUGCUCGCUUUUGUACUCCUUAGCUGCUUAUUUAUCUCUGGUUACGUAAGCUUUUAAAAUGUCCUUAAAUUUCUCGCGAUUGUUUUUUGAUUUUAACCGAAAUUUCGCCCACACUGCGACACUGUGCCUCGCCGCUUCGUAUAGGUUUCUAGCAUAGUACAGGAUUUUGCCAGGCAAAAGUGGCUGCAGAUGCUUUAUUUCCAAGCAAAAAUGCAAUAAUUACUACAUAUAUUUACAUACAUACACUUAUACUUAUUUACUUAGACAUACAGUAUACUACAUACAUAUACAUAUUUACAUAGACCCACUCACACAGAAACAUAUGUAUGUAUAUGUAACUUGUUGAUUUAAUUGAUAAAAUUUUACACUUAAUUUGGAAUUUUCCGCGUCAGACUGGGGCGUUGAGGGCGUUGAAAAAAAAUAAUAAAUAAAAAAUAACAAUAAUAAGAAAAGUGGGAAAAUUUAUUGAUGAUAAGGCAACUAACUGUGCUUUAUAUCUAAUAUCUUUUAUAAAAGAAAACAAUAUCGCUACCUAAAGGUGAAAAGGUGCCAAGUCCACUUUUUUCAAAACUACAUCGAUUUUUCGUCUCUCCUAAACAAUUUCAAAAAAAAAAAGGAUUUGGCGCCUUGUCACGUUUAAGUAACGAUAUUUUAUUGAAAAUUUAUUACAAAAAAUGAGUUGUUUUCGUUUUAAGUGUAAUAUAAAAAUUAGUGGCCCUUUUCAUAAAAAUUCAAAAAAUUGUAACUGCUGCUUAUAAAAAAGAUCGAUCAAAUUAGGUCAUUUGAAUUUUUUAUGAAUUUGGCUAUUAAAAACUUUAAAAUACCAAGUCUAACAGAGUAUCACAAAAUAGUUUUAAUUUACGUUAUGUUAUAAAAUAUUGUUCUACAUAAUAUAUAUAUAUAUAUGUAUAUGCAUGUGUACUAAAUCCGAGAAAUUCCUUAAUUGCAAAAUGUGUGUAAAUUUGUUAAUUUAAAUUUGAUUGUUUACCUUUAUCUUUUCGCGCGUAAAAAGUAGUUGCAAACAGAAUUAUGAGAAGAAAUAAUACCUUAAUAUAUAAAAUUAAAAAAAAGGCCAAAAAAAAAUUUGGCUUUUUAAAGCAGUUUUGUAAAUUAGUACCUAUUUUAAGAAAAAAAAAUGAAUUUUGUAAAAAAUCGACUAGCUAAAUGCAUGUAAAAAAGAACUAAAAGAACUAGGGGAGAAACUAAGCAAAUUCCAAAAACAACAAACAACAUUUCUAGCAGCUGCUGGCCAAACGAGCAACGAUUUCAAUGGUUUUGCGCUGAAGUGCUGGAAUUGAAAACAAAAAA